AUUACCUGUGGCCGAGCAGUUGUGAUCGCUCCAUCCCGGGCAGCCAUCGCCAUGUCGGGAAAAGCUUACAAACUUUUAGUCUUGUUUUUAACCUGGCUGAUUUACAUCACUAUUGGUGUGUUUAUGUUCAAAGCUGUUGAAGGCGAUAGUGGGAGUACCGAAAAGUCAAAUGCAGGGCUUCGGCUUAAAAAACUGAAGGAAGAUGUUACAAAGAAUUACAAUAUGAGCGAGGAUGAAUUUGACGACCUUGUUUGGCAAAUCCAGCACGCAAACUCGUCAAGUGCUGGACCUGAAUGGAACUAUAAAAACACGCUGUCCUUCAUUCUUCAACUGCUAACAACAAUUGGUAAGACUGCGAAUCUAAUAUAUAUAAAGACUUUCUAGCUUGAAAAGGUCACCCACUCUCCUGUUAGAUAAUCUAUGGGGCGCCGUUUGUAAAAAAAAUGAUUUAGCUUAAUUUUGUCAUUUUUUUCGUUAUUUAUUAAAUAAAGUUUUCUGAUAUGAUAUCAUACGUCAAUGAUUUGAUAUAAUAAAUGUUGAUUUCAAAUCAUGCGUUUAUGAUUUGAUAUAAUAAAUUAUUAUUUAAAAUCAUGCGUUUAUGAUUUGAUAUAAUGAAUUCUGAUUUCAAAUCAUAAACGCAUGAUUUGAUAUAAUAAAUUAUUUUUUCAAAUCAUACCUUUAUGAUUUGAUAUAAUAAAUAUUGAUUUCAAAUCAUAAGUUUAUGAUUUGAUAUAAUAAAUCCUGAUUUCAAAUCAUUCGUUUAUGAUUUGAUAUAAUAAAUCCUGAUUUCAAAUCAUAAGUUUAUGAUUUCAUAUAAUAAGUUCUGAGUUUAAAUCAUAAGUUUAUGAUUUGAUAUAAUAAAUCCUGAUUUCAAAUCAUAAGUAUAUGAUUUCAUAUAAUAAAAAUCAUUAUUUGAUAUCAGUAAAACCAUGAUUUAAUUUAAUAAGUAAUAAGUAACCGCGUGACUUGGCACGUGGGUUACUAGCACGGGAAUAAUCGCAAAGAUGGCGACACAACCAGAUCAGCUAUCGAGGUCAAUCGCUUCUGCGGUCUCUAGAGCCGUAGAAAGGGCGGUUGACCAAGCUUUGGCAUCCCUUCCGAACAUAUAUAUACUACUGCGAUUUGUUGCCAAACCAGAGUCUCAAUGUUACGCCUGUACAAUGAUUUUUGCUCGCCAAGGACGCUUGGACCGAUGUCACUAACUAAUAAUUUCUCCUCCCGGUGUUGAGGUGUAAAUAGCCCUUUGUUUGUCUCGAUCUCUUGUUCUCUGACGAACUGUCUUGUCGCCUCACUUUGUGAAAUAGAAACAAUCAUUAGCUGUAUGUUAUUUUAGUAUGGCUACUAACAGGACAUAACAAAGGAAGCAAACACAUCUAAAACUAAGCCGCGCGUGUCACGCAAUGCGCCAGACAUGCGAAAGGUCCAAAAGUCCUCUUUCCCUCGUAAAUAUAGUCAUAACUUUCCGAUUAACACGCAAUUCCCUUAACUAAUGAUGCAGUGCAACAUGUAAGAAAUAGAUGAGGCGCUUGGAAGACAUCAAUAAUGAUUUUUUGUUAAUCACAUCGACACACAGGUCAUCACCCCAGCAGCGACUGGGAUGCUUUAGCAGUGAUACAUCCUCGGAGGGGGGAGGGGUAUGUGCCGCCCGGGACUCCAAAUAGGCACCCCGUUCUAAAAAAAAUAUCCCCUAAAAUUGAUACCCCGUUCUAGAUAUGGGCCAAUUUUUUUAUAUCCCGUUCUAGAAUUCGCCUUAAAACUGAUACCCCGUUCUAGAAAUGGGCCGAUUUUUUAUACUCCGUUCUAGAAAGUUCGUAAAUUGAAAUAGCCCUGUUUUUUUAAAAGAUAUUUCUUUAUUUGUUCGACUUAUACAUCAAAUAGAUGCUUCUUCAUAAUCAGCAACAAUUUUAAGCAGAAGAUAAAGCCAUGAUCCACAAUUUUUUUAUACCCAGUUCUAGAAAACGCCUCUGAAAUGGAUACCCCGUUCUAAAUCAGGAGCUUCAAAAUCACGGCCCCGUUGGGCGGCACAUAUACCCGUACAGGUAAUCUAUGGGAGUACCCCCCCGGAUACAUCAAUGUUACAUACCUCUUGUGUCGCAGCAGCAAAACCUGAAUUGCCAGGAAGGCUCGGAAGGGAUGCCAAAGCUUGGUCAACCGCCCUUUCUACGGCUCUAGAUAUGGGGCGCCGUUUGUAAAAAAAUGAUUUAGCUUAAUUUUGUCAUUUUUUUCGUUAUUUAUUAAAUAAAGUUUUCUGAUAUGAUAUCAUACGUCAAUGAUUUGAUAUAAUAAAUGUUGAUUUCAAAUCAUGCGUUUAUGAUUUGAUAUAAUAAAUUCUGAUUUCAAAUCAUGCGUUUAUGAUUUGAUAUAAUAAAUUCUGAUUUCAAAUCAUGCCUUUAUGAUUUGAUAUAAUAAAUAUUGAUUUCAAAUCAUAAGUUUAUGAUUUGAUAUAAUAAAUCCUGAUUUCAAAUCAUUCGUUUAUGAUUUGAUAUAAUAAAUCCUGAUUUCAAAUCAUAAGUUUAUGAUUUCAUAUACUAAGUUCUGAUUUUAAAUCAUAAGUUUAUGAUUUGAUAUAAUAAAUCCUGAUUUCAAAUCAUAAGUAUUAUGAUUUCAUAUAAUAAAAAUCAUUAUUUGAUAUCAGUAAAACCAUGAUUUAAUUUAAUAAGUAAUAAGUAACCGCGUGACUUGGCACGUGGGUUACUAGCGCGGAAUAAUCGCAAAGAUGGCGACACAACCAGAUCAGCUAUCGAGGUCAAUCGCUUCUAGGGUCUCUAGAGCCGUAGAAAGGGCGGUUGACCAAGCUUUGGCAUCCCUUCCGAGCCUUCCUGGCAAUUCAGGUUUUGCUGCUGCGACACAAGAGGUAUGUAACAUUGAUGUAUCGGGGUGGGGGGUACUCUCAUACAUUACCUGUACGGGUAUAUGUGCCGCCCAACGGGGUCGUGAUUUUGAAACCCUGAUUUAGAACGGGGUAUCCAUUUCAGAGGCGUUUUCUAGAACGGGGUAUUAAAAAAAUUGUGGAUCAUGGCUUUAUCUUCUGCUUAAAAUUGUUGCUGAUUAUGAAGAAGCAUCUAUUUGAUGUAUAAGUCGAACAAAUAAAGAAAUAUCUUUUAAAAAAACAGGGCUAUUUCAAUUUACGAACUUUCUAGAACGGAGUAUAGAAAAUCGGCCCAUUUCUAGAACGGGGUAUCAGUUUUAAGGCGAAUUCUAGAACGGGAUAUAAAAAAAUUGGCCCAUAUCUAGAACGGGGUAUCAAUUUUAGGGAUAUUUUUUUUUAGAACGGGGUGCCUAUUUGGAGUCCUGGCGGCACAUACCCCUCCCCGAGGAUGUAUCACUGCUGAAAGCUAUGACCAUAUUUACGAGGAAAGAGGACUUUUGGACCUUUCGCUUGUCUGGCGCAUUGCGUGACACGCGCGGCUUACUUUUAGAUGUGUUUGCUUCCUUUGUUAUGUCCUUUUAGUAGCCAUACUAAAAUAACAUACAGCUAAUGAUUCUUUCUAUUUCACAAAGUGAGGCGACAAGACAGUUCGUCAUAGAACAAGAGAUCGAGACAAACAAAGGGCUAUUUACACCUCAACACCGGGAGGAGAAAUUAUUAGUUAGUGACAUCGGUCCAAGCGUCCUUGGCGAGCAAAAAUCAUUGUACAGGCGUAACAUUGAGACUCUGGUUUGGCAACAAAUCGCAGUAGUAUAUAUAUGUUCGGAAGGGAUGCCAAAGCUUGGUCAACCGCCCUUUCUACGGCUCUAGAGACCCUAGAAGCGAUUGACCUCGAUAGCUGAUCUGGUUGUGUCGCCAUCUUUGCGAUUAUUCCCGCGCUAGUAACCCACCUGCCAAGUCACGCGGUUACUUAUUACUUAUUAAAUUAAAUCAUGGUUUUACUGAUAUCAAAUAAUGAUUUUUAUUAUAUGAAAUCAUAAUACUUAUGAUUUGAAAUCAGGAUUUAUUAUAUCAAAUCAUAAACUUAUGAUUUAAAAUGAGAACUUAUUAUAUGAAAUCAUAAACUUAUGAUUUGAAAUCAGGAUUUAUUAUAUCAAAUCAUAAACGAAUGAUUUGAAAUCAGGAUUUAUUAUAUCAAAUCAUAAACUUAUGAUUUGAAAUCAAUAUUUAUUAUAUCAAAUCAUAAAGGCAGGAUUUGAAAAAAUAAUUUAUUAUAUCAAAUCAUAAACGCAUGAUUUUAAAUAAUAAUUUAUUAUAUCAAAUCAUAAACGCAUGAUUUGAAAUCAACAUUUAUUCUAUCAAAUCAUUGACGUAUGAUAUCAUAUCAGAAAACUUUAUUUAAUAAAUAACGAAAAAAAUGACAAAAUUAAGCUAAAUCAUUUUUUUUACAAACGGCGCCCCAUAUCUAGAGACCCUAGAAGCGAUUGACCUCGAUAGCUGAUCUGGUUGUGUCGCCAUCUUUGCGAUUAUUCCCGCGCUAGUAACCCACGUGCCAAGUCACGCGGUUACUUAUUACUUAUUAAAUUAAAUCAUGGUUUUACUGAUAUCAAAUAAUGAUUUUUAUUAUAUGAAAUCAUAUACUUAUGAUUUGAAAUCAGGAUUUAUUAUAUCAAAUCAUAAACUUAUGAUUUAAACUCAGAACUUAUUAUAUGAAAUCAUAAACUUAUGAUUUGAAAUCAGGAUUUAUUAUAUCAGAUCAUAAACGAAUGAUUUGAAAUCAGGAUUUAUUAUAUCAAAUCAUAAAGGCAUGAUUUGAAAUCAGAAUUUAUUAUAUCAAAUCAUAAACGCAUGAUUUUAAAUAAUAAUUUAUUAUAUCAAAUCAUAAACGCAUGAUUUGAAAUCAACAUUUAUUAUAUCAAAUCAUUGACGUAUGAUAUCAUAUCAGAAAACUUUAUUUAAUAAAUAACGAAAAAAAUGACAAAAUUAAGCUAAAUCAUUUUUUUUACAAACGGCGCCCCAUAAUAAUCCAGCUAUAAAAUUACAUGUUACUUCCCCACAAGUACUGAAUUCAAUUAUUUCUCAUUUUAGAGAAUACGAUUUUAUCAACCAAUUCUUGGCGCUAUAUUGUUUUACUCAGUUAAGGGUAUUUUAAUAUUUUAAUAUAGUCAGCGCAGCGGACAAUGUUUACAUGGUCAUCUUGUGCAUGGUACGUGUUGUUUGCAAAUCAUUUGAGUGCCAUAUAUACACAAUUACUCCAUUAUAAACGCCCAAGUUAUACGUAGGUCCGCGCGAUAUGGAUUUGAGUGCAAAAACUAAUAAAAUAGACCAAGAGCAGCCCCUGUUCUUGCUUAGCCCGUCAAACGAAGUUCGCGCGAAAAGAAAAUGAGUACGCGUGCAAUAGGGACGCGAGACGGAAGCAGUUCUCGGUAAAACGUGUCCUCCCCACUCCCUGCUUUUAAGAGGCGAUGUGUGGUGGUGGUGGUGGGGGUUGAUAACGGCAAGAGAGGGAGACUUCUCGUUCUCCCUUUCCUACCGCCCCGUAUCAAGCACCCACCUCUUAUCGGGAGCUCUAGUACGCGUAGGCUUCUGUUAACUCUUUCCCAAAGUAACAAGGCAGUGCGGAGAGGUGAUAAAUAAUUGCCGAUCACUUCUGCUAGCAGUAAGCCUGGCGCUAAAGAGACGCUUGUGUUGCGCGUGCGUUUUGUUUGAUUGAUAUGAGGGGUGAUAGAUCUCUAAUCCUUAAUAAUCGCAAAAUCCCGCCCAGCUGAAAGCAUGCAAAUAACCCGUAAUUAUGCAUCAGUCAGUUCCACCUGCCAUUGACCCCCCUCCGGGGCUGACCUCCGGCAUUAGCAUUUUUUGGAUGGCAAAUUCCCGGGGUGGGGACUUUGAGCUGUCAAAUCCCCGGGAUGGGGACGAAAAAAGGGCAAAUGCCCCAUCCUCCGUCAACACUGCAACAGUUUUCAUUGAUCGCACAGUCGAAUAGUGCCAUAUUAAGCAUUUAAUGUUCGAUUUUUGGUUUCAAUUAACGUCUUCCUUUGUAAUAGCGCGAGGAUUCUAAUUAAGACUUCACGCCGCGACGACAUGCACCAGUUUAUGGUUUUAGUAUUGAUAUGAAAUUAUUGACAUUAUAAAAAUUAAUAGAGCGCUGUAAAGUUAUAUGUUAUGAGUAGUUUUAUGAAUAUGAAAGGAUGUUCUUCAAAUGAUAUCAACAAAAAUUGAUUCAAUAACCAAAAAACUUUGAUCAACAUCCAUAGCUCCAAUUUCGCAAUGUUAUUCUGGCUUGAUAAGCAAUGAAGACUUGCAUGCAUAAAAUCGAGAACAUGCCUUUUACAUCCCUCUUCAAUUUAUUCCUGUCCUUGACAGAUGAGCCAGUCUGCUUUUUUUUUUCAGUAAAACCUUCUGUGUAGUUAUAUUCUGAUAGGAAAUCGCGUGCGUGUCAAAAGCUCGGAAAUGGCCCCGGGGUUGGCAAAUGGAAUUGACUGAUGCAUUACAUACGAGUCGCCGCAUUAACUGUAGACUGCAAAACAGCCGGUUUUUUCCUCAAAAUCAGUAAAGAAAUCGGUAACGCGUGGCGUAAGAGUCUUAUGCGCGCGAACCGCGGGAGCCUCACACGCCCGAAGGGCCCGUAGGGCGUACUUGAAUACGCAAAAAUACGGACUGUUUUGCAGUCUACAUUAACUGGGUCAUGAUCGUAUUUAAGGUAGCGUCACUUUUAUGAUACUAAACCUUAGUUUGUGAUUGUAAGUUUAAAUAAUGACCAUCAACUACGCAAACGCUUGGUUGUGGCUGUUACUUAGUUGUAAAUAGUGUGCAAAUUCAGAAUUAUGACUACCCUGGCACCCUGGGAAUCCAAAAGAUGCUUUACCCUAAGACGCCCGCUCACUUCACCCAGCGGCAGUGAGUACCGGCGAUAAAUUGCUGGGGGUACGAGGUUCUGGCAUCUCAUCCAGUCCAGAGGGGAGAAGAAACAUUUGUGGUCGUUUCAUGUUACAGAAAUAAAGCUCCAGCCUAAUCAAUCUCCGUCCCUAUGGAGCGAGAGAGAGUAGGAUAAGAGAGAGAACCUGGAAACGAGGUUGCAGCCUAAUGAGCGUCCAGUGACAGGGUGGUGGGGUGGUCGCAUUAUAAGGGCUAUAGUCUGUAGAAUAAGGGGUUACUGGACUCGAUCGCCUUCUGGUCGGGCCAUUAACUUAACCGUCCCGUGAUUAUUUUCCAGGUUAUGGAAACAUAACACCAGUGACAUCAGCUGGACGUAUUCUUUGCAUCUUUUACGCUCUCUUCGGCAUCCCGAUAAACAUUCUCUUUUUACAAGUGGUUGGAGAAUUAAUGCUUACUGGGCAACAAAUUCUCAUCACAAGAUUCGAAAAAGGCUGCCUAAAGAAAGAAAGCACACCAAAGUUCUUAAACGAAAAAUGCGCUUUUUUAGGUUUCCUGUUGUUGCUGAUUUUCUUGCUCGUAGGCGCAGGAAUCCAAACGAAAAUCGACGAAUGGACAUUUCUGGAAGGUGUUUAUGCCUACUUCAUCACGUUUACGACUGUUGGGUUCGGUGAUCUGAUUCCUGGUCAUUCAAGAUCCAAUUCAAGACACAAAACACAUAUCGGUGAGGGUAAAAGGCGGAAUGAGUUUGCGGAAUGGCAUGUGGCAUGGCUUGCGGAAUGACAUAAUUAUGCGGAAUGUAAAAUAUGGAAAUUGGCGCAAAGAAAUAAAUUAAACUGAAAGGCAUGCGCGGGUCAUUGACGCCCCUUUUUUGGCGCCAAUUUGAGUGAACAACUGCUUUACUGGUUCACGCAUUUAGACAUUUAUCUAAAACAUACCCGAGAAUUAGCUAGGGUUCCUGAAGGCAGCCUCCACACGAAAACAUUGAAGUCCGGUAAAUAUACUGAGGCGUGACCAAAAUAACUUAGUUUCCUCGAUUAGCAAGACGAAAUAUCUUCUUUUUCCGUUAUCCUUAGCGAAUUUAAUACCAUUGUUAGAGUCCUUAUUUUUGAGUCGAUAGAAAGUGAAUCCCAGAAUACUUGUGCAUUUGAUUUUUUGCUUCUUCAAAAUACUGUCGGCACCGAAAGUGUUACUCCUUCGAUCAAGAAUUACGUUGCGUUACUACCUUGAUUUCGUGACUGUGAUUUUGACAGCUCCAUCUCUUCAAACGUACGUUGUGCCACGUGCAGUCACGGAACAGACUGUCACGCAGAGUCGCCGGCAGGUAAAGUUCAGUGUUUCAAAAUGGCUAAAAUUGACCCAGUUUCACCUUUUUACCCCAUUCUUUGAUUGAAAAAAAGCAAUUUUGCAAAGGGAAACCCUACAAGACGUACGAAAAACGAGCCAUUGGGCUGUAAAUAUCUGUUUAUGUGCGUUUCGAAAUUGGAAGUUCUACAGAGAAAUUCUCGAUUUUUGUUGUUGUUUUUCUUGUUUACACAAUACAGACAAUUUAUACCGCCAGCCUACCAUGAAAAUUCCUGAACUUCGAUGGUGUCUUACAGAGAUUUCCUUCACUUACCCAAGCCAAUUCCCAGGUAUGUUUUAAAUGAAUGUCUAAAUGUGUGAUUUAAAUCGCAAGAAGAGAAUUUGGAGUUAUACCACAUGUUAAAUAUUGGCGGCGAAAAUGAGUAACGAACUGAAAUUUUUGUUAUCCUGAAAACCUAUCCCUCAUUUUUAAAAUUAUUUCAGUACGACCAGCUUCCCUAUUGUCCAGAAAGUAUCUUCUAGUGGAAGGAAAAAGAAUUUUUCUGUUCGUGGAAAGUGUCCAAAUUUCUCCAUCCAGCUUCGUUUGCGAACGCGAGGAAAGUUGAUGUUAGCGAAUUUCAGGUUAAAAUUAAUGCAGUCUGAGACUCCGGCGACAUCGAAAACCGAUCUUCUAUUUUUUCUCCCGAACAAAAGGCUUUCGGCGGGAACAAUCUACGUUAGGUUUCUCUUUUACCUAAAAGCUAUCUAUGAACAAAAAUGAAAGAAAUUGAUUUUUCAACUCUUGUCACGAAAUUAAGAUUUUGGUCGAUUUUUCUGUUUCGCACGUCUCAAGCUCGCAGUUGAGGAAACAAAAUACAAGAUUCAUUCAUCUCUGAAUAAUAUUAUCAAUUAUGUCACGAUCACGUAACCCACAGUCUCAUAAAGAAACACUUCUCACACGGUUUCGAAUACAGAUAUAGGUAACAAGAAACUGUUGAGUUAAUCGUACAAGCAUCUUUUGUAGAAAAAAUUAAAGUAGAAGGGAGCGUGACCUUCGAAAACAUCUUUUCUUCAAUAGACGAAGAAUCUUUUUGGCUGUGCGGAAAAGGCUGGUCGACAAUGAGCCUUCGUGGUUUUUUUUUGAUUGUCAUCAAAGGUUAAGCCCGCAACAUUAAAACAGCGGCUGCGUUUGCAAAUUGAUUGGCGCCAAAAAAGGGUGCUCUUUUCAGUUUAAUUUAUUUCUUUUGAUCAUUCAGCAGCGUAUAUUAAAUUCCGCAUAAUUAUGUCAUUCCGCAAGCCAUGCCACAUGCCAUUCCGCAAACUCAUUCCGCCUUUUACCCUCACCGAACACAUAUGGCCUAUCGUGUCACUAUGGUCAUUCUAGGUUUAGCUGCCAUGUCCAACGUGAUUAACUCCAUCGUCAAGAGUCACGAAUACGAGAAACUGUAUACAAAACUGAGAGAGCGUUUUCGAAGAACGGGAAGCGUUGAGGAUAGUGAACAGAACAACGAUGGCGGAGAGGAAAUGACCGACAGGGUCAUCUAA